AUGGCCACUGUCAGCGAAACUACCAACAUGGACCAACAAGUUGACCUAUCGACGAUCCCCAUCUCUCCCAACGGCAAGAGCGAGGGCACCGAAGCCAAGAACGGUGACAAGCCCGUGACGGUUUUUCACGAUAAGGACAACUUCAAUGUCAAGCACCCCCUGCAGAAUAAAUGGACUCUUUGGUUCACCAAGCCCCCGAGUGGAAAAGGUGACAACUGGAACGAUCUACUAAAGGAAGUAAUCACUUUUGACUCCGUCGAGGAGUUUUGGGGUGUCUACAACAACGUUGCCCCCGUCUCUGACCUAGCCCUCAAGUCCGACUACCACCUGUUCAAGGCUGGGGUGCGACCGGAAUGGGAAGAUCCUCAGAACAAGCAUGGUGGCAAGUGGUCGUUUCAGUACAAGGAGAAACGAAAUGUCGACAUCGAUCGCUUGUGGCUGCAGGUCAUGAUGGGAGCGAUUGGUGAGACCCUGGAGGAGGAGGACGAUGGCGAGGUCAUGGGUGUUGUCGUCAACGUGCGAAAGGCUUUCUAUCGUAUCGGUGUCUGGACUCGUACCAUUGGUAAGAGCAUCCCCGGCCGUGGAGAUGGUGAUAUCGCCGGAGGCAAAGGCCGUAGCGGAGAAAAGAGUAAGGAUAUUCUCAUGUCUAUUGGACGACGCUUCAAGGAGGUCCUCGAGCUUCCCAAUAACGAACAGGUCGAGUUUUCGGGCCACUCUGAUAGUGCUCACGCUGGCAGCACGAGAGCCAAGGCCAAAUACACUGUAUAA